CAAUGGAGCAAACUGUUCACAUCUGGGAAUUACAGUUAUUCUAGAGUGCUUUUUAGAGCCGCUGUAUCCCCGAACAUCCCCGUCGCACUCACAUGUGAACACUCUUCGAUGCUCUGCCCUUUCCACUAUGGACGCAGGGCUACCCUCAUCCAGCACACUGUCUCCGGGGCCUGGCCCGUCAGCGAGUAGGAAAGAGCGCGGUGCCAUUGCUGCUCAGGCUUGCGAGACGUGUCGCAAUAGGAAGCAGAGGUGCGAUGAACAGCGGCCCAGGUGCGGGACGUGUCAAAGAUUCAAACUCGACUGCCGAUACCGAGAGCCUCAACCUACAAAGAAAGACAGGACACUGGUGGAGAUUCUGGACCGCCUCAAGGUUGUCGAGAAUAAAAUCGAUAAAUUGAGCAUCAAGGGAAAUACACCACCGCCGUCAACGUUCAAUGUAUCCCAACCGACCAGCGUGUACCCUGCCGCCACCCCGCUCUUGGCUGAUCCUGACAGCCAGGAGUCACACCCGGCGAGCUCUGCCCCCCCCGCCAGUCCAACGGCGACGCAGUAUGGAGGCUAUCGCUAUGACUCCUCGGUAUCGAAAAUGCUAGAAUGGCCUGCCAUCCGCCAAAUGCUCAGCAACUUGGGGCCGAAGCCUCAGUCUCCCCUGAGCGAUCACGACAUCUCUGCACAACCAAACGGACUUCGCGACUCAACCAUAUCCCUGCCUACCGACGGCAUCCAGUCAAUUGGAAUGCCAAAUAACAAUGUGUUGCAAGUUCCCUUGCACUUCCCAGGCUACCCGCCGAGCCUCAACUUGAGCCCACCGAGUAUUGAUUGGGAGACCAUGCAGCGCUUGAGCAAGGGAUUCUUUGACGUUUUCAACUGCAUCUAUCCAAUCAUGGAUCGCCAAUGGUUCAUCUCCAGUACUUUGACCUCUAUUAUCAACAACGGCUUUCAAGAAGGCACCACGUCUACCGUCGUCUUGCUUGUAUUCGCGCUGGGGGAAGUUGCCCUCUCAUCUUCGGAAGUGCUCGUCUCCUCCUACAAGGGGCGACCAUCUGGUAUUAGGGGGGGCACCAUCGACCGGCCCCCGGGAAUUACCUAUUUCAACGAAGCACGCAAGAGGAUGGGCUUUGGCCUGGCCGAGAUCAGCGUGGAGAAUGUACAGAUGCUUGCUCUAGCCGCGCUCUACUACGCAAGUUGCUCACAGGCCGUCGAAUUUUGGCGGAUGACGGUCUCAUCAUCCUUGGCUUGCCAAGCAGUGAUCACUAGCUCUGAUCAACUGCACGGUGCCAAGGGUGACCUCAUUCGGCGAGCUUAUUGGCACUGCUUAAUCAUGGAAACAUAUCUCCAUAUGGAGUUUGGGCUACCAUUGACAGGCCUCGAGAAGCUGGACGAUGCCGUUGGCGUCCCCGACUUUAGUGGGCCGAUCACUAGCGACGACUUUGUUGGCAACCAGACAUCGCAUUUUCAGGAGCAUUUUGCCUCCCAGAUAAUCCUUCGGAGACUGUCUGCCAAUUUUCACACUACCCUUAACAAUUCAUUCGGUACCAGCUCUUCCCUUCCUUUCCCCGGGCUUGGAUCCUUCAGCGGGACCUCCAGCGAGAGCAACUGGACUACGAUGAAUCAACUUGGGGCGCAACUUGACCAUUGGCGACGCAUGCUCCCGAGACACCUCCGAUGGCAGGACGACCAGGUUAUGGCGUUUCCAGACCACUUCCAGGACGGCUUCGCAUCGUACCCUGGCCAGUCUAACAUGUUCACAGCGGAGCUCGAUAGUCACCCCAUAACCUAUCCGUAUGCUGCCGACAUGCAAGUUGCACUUCUCCGAACGCGAUACUACUAUAACAAGCACCUCAUCUACCGACCCUGCGUGUUCAAGGCACUCCAUUACCCUGAGAGCCUCACGCAGGAAGACGCCGAGGGGGCGGCCGAAUGCCUCAAAGCUUCGCUCAAGUGGCCCAUCGCCCUUUCUCCACCUUGCUCUAAUAAGCGGCUGGUGCCCAUGGCGUUCUUCUGGUCCCAGAAUCUGCUUGGCGUCCUGGUCCUACUGCACUUAUCGCAACAGCAUCCGAUGCUGCUGCGCAUUCGGUCGUCACUGUGUGGACAAGAUUUCGAAGUGGACGCGACAGCGACAGUGAAUUUAUACUUGGAUUGGCUACGCGAUAUGAAAAAGAUAGAUUCGACGGCGAGCUGGUCCUGGUCCGUCAUUCGGAUGAUAUACCACCUGGAUGAUUGAACAGUGGUCAUGACAAAGGGAAAGGGCAAGGAAUGGAUGACACACGUCGGCUGAAUUGGCUUUGGGCUAGAUGGUGCAAUUUUGGAAAGGAGGACCACUAAUCUUUGCACUUUUGCUUCGGCUUGGUGAUGCAGAGGGAUGUUAGAGGCGUUUGAAAGAUGUCGCAUUGGCGGAACCCCUUGGAGGAUGGCUUCUUUAAAUCAGUAUUGAUACCCGCGGCGCUCCCCUUCCCGGUUCUUGCUUGUUCAUG